AUGGACAGGUUGCACUCCUCCAUGCGUAAAAGGCUCUACAGUUUGCCACAGCAUAUUGGACAGAAAGCUUCUAUCAUGGGCGAAGGAGAAGACGGCGACAAGGACACCCGGAGGAAGAGUAUUAGGAUGAAACCCUUGCCAUCACCAACCUCCAGAGGAAGCUUCAAAGGCAUCGGGGAGACCAGAAGUGGGGACACGGUGAUCAUGGAGACGGACAUUGGAAGACCAUUGAAGACCAGCAUAAAUGGAGAUUGUCGGAGAUUUCGUGGCAGUCUCUCCUCCAUCACCAGUCGGCAUGUGCACGACUCAGACUCGGCGGAGGAGAGGCGCCUCAUCACCGAGGGGGACGUCACCCCGAGCGAGGAGAGCCCCCCUGGAGCUAUUGGCGGCGGGGCUGACCAGGGUGCGCAAGGCGCCAGCGGUGGUGGUGCUGGUGGUGCCCAACAUGCUUCUCUUGACCAGGAAUCAGGGUUCAUAAAGUUGGAUGGCAUUGAUCAAAUUUCGCCGGACGACGAGAGAUUGUACCAGGCAGGAUUCAUACACAGGCAGUUUGGGGCAAUGCUGCAACCGGGGGUCAACAAGUUCUCCCUAAGGAUGUUUGGGAGCGAAAAGGCGGUGGAACGGGAACAAGAGCGGGUUAAAUCCGCCGGAUUUUGGAUAAUUCACCCUUACAGUGAUUUCAGGUAACUAACUCCAUUGGGCUCUGGCCAGACGUCAGAGCGUCAUGCGCCGAUGAAGUGUAGGAAGGAUGUGUUCAUACACACUCACCUAGCCUACAAGUCAAAUGAAAUGUGUACUUUAUUGUCACCUGAUACUUUCACUAUCUCAAAAUCAGGCUCAAUGGCACAUGCAUUAGUGAUAGGGUAUUUAGUGAUGGCAUCAGAAAAUGCAGUCAUCUCGGAUAUAAAAGAAUACAUUUGGUUCAGGCCUAAUUCUGUGUGUAAAUGUGUGUAACAAUUUUUUUAUGAAUUGAAAACGAAUCUAAAAUAAUUUAACUCGUCAUUUAAAAUGUAUUUAUUAGACAUCAGAUAUAGUAUAACUAUAACUUAUUAAACAUUGGAAAUACAACGAUAAAGUCAAAUAAAUGUAAUGUAGGCUACUAUAUACAAAUCAUGGCGUCAGAAUAAUGUGUGGCAGGAACAGGCCACACAUCACACACAAAUAUGGUUCUCAAAGGUGUCUGUUCAGUUGCAGGCCUACGGGAUAAAUCACCGUUUAAAACAGAAUCAACAGAAGUGCACCAAUGUUCCAUGUUCUCUCUUUUUCAUUAAAUCAUACUCAGGGAAAUUAUUUAUCACUAAUCAAUGUACAGCAACUCUAUUGGCUUUAUGUGAGGGUAUGUGCCAAUGAUUGAAUAAUUAGACCCCCCCCCCCCCCCCCCCCCCAUACACACACACACUACUUGUAUUUAAGGUUUCAGGUUUCAUGUGUUCAACAUUAUAAUAACCAGUUCUACCUAUAAAUUACCAGUACCAUUCUUCAAGUUUUCAUAUAAGAGGUCUAAAUGGAAGUGCAGCCUCAUUCUCUUGUUAUUCAUUAAGUAUUGCCCUUGACUGUGACAUUGGCUAUACAGUACAGUGCAUGCAUCUGAUGCAUGGCUUCAAAUGUAAAGCACAGGAUUGCCCAGCAUUAUGGAUAUUGUCCAUUAUUGAUGCUAUACCUCAAGGGCCUACCUGCCAUAUGUCCAAAAACAUACAGUGAAUUCUAAUGUAUAUCCAGAGAACGAGUGAAACAUUAUGGUGAAACAUAGCUACAGAAAGUAUGAUAUACAGUAUAAACCAAUAUGAAUGUAGUCUGCAUUUAUAAAGCAUCUUCACUCAUUUUCAAAAUAAGCAGUGAUCUUUAUAAUCCCAAUAAUGUAAUUAAGUUAAUAACAACCUCUUACACAGGCUUAAUUUAUAUAGUGGAUUGUAAUCAUUCAUCUCAUACAUAUAAUAUAGGAUAGAUUAGGAGUGAAUAUUUUAUUAAGGAAUAAUGUUUUUACUCCGAAAGUGGAUUACAGUAUUGCAGCAACCAGAUACAAAGUUUGAUAUUGCAAUUGGAAUAUUUGUUUAUGCAUAAUUUAAAUAGUAAAUAUAUUGUACAAUAUUAUAUCAUACUAUAUUAUAUCAAACUAUAAGACCAUUUAACACAAUUUUAUCUGAUCCCAUUAGACAAAUUAUAGUAAUAUACAUGAAUGCUUAACCAAAUGAUCUCAAAUACAUAAAAAAUUUUUGAGAGGUGAUCUUAAUUUACCCAAUCAUCAUGCUUUCCAGUAUUCUGAUACGUUCAAAAAUAUUUAGGUCAUUGAUACAGUUUGUCUCUGGCUGCCAUAUUGGAGGUCUGUAUCAGGGUUUCAAGGACAUUGAAAUGGCUAAUGAAAACCUUUUAAACAGUUAGUCAAUUAGUUGACAUCUGGCCUCAUGCUUACCUUAUUGUUUUGAGGUGGCAUUAAAUGAUCAACUGGACAUACACAAUCUCUAAUCAUAUAGUUAAAAUAAAAGCCUCCAACUAUUUACAUGUUGGCUAAUGCCUUUAUUGUUACCAGACGAAACGCUAACGCUAAAUGCAAAAAUAUAUAUUGUGAAAGACAAUAGCAGAAGCCUAAUUGCCCGACAGAUCUUUCCCUUUCCUUGACAUUGGAUCUGAUCCAGCCUGUUUAUCUUUGGUUCAUCUACUGUACACUGAUAUAAUGAUAUACAGUAAUACCACAUCCAACCCCAUCACCUGUCACACAAGCAGAAGGUGUGUCAUAACAGUAGUGCUUCAAGAACAAGACCAGGUUUGUCUCGCUUGUGAGAGACAAGUGUGUGUGACGAGUGUGUACAGGCAGGCUAUGCUGGCGGCCAGAGGGGGAGAGAGGGAGCAGGCAGCAGUGUCAGGCAGGCAGACACAGCCCAGGGCUGUGGAGAGAGAGAGAAGGGCUCAGGGAAAGGAAGGCACUCUCCAUGGAAAACAGACUGAUUUAUCUGCUUGUUUACCCAUUGGUCUUGUGAAUCUACACAGACAUUCUGUUGCCUUUACAUCACAGGAUGGUGCACAUUUCUCAGAUGCCUGGAUUACUUAGCUCAGGCUGCCAAGAAAAGAAAUGAGAGGCCAUUUGCUUUGCCUUUGCAAGAAGUGUAUGUGGGUGUGUGGGGUGUGUGUGGGUGGGUGGGUGGGUGUGUGCAUUGUGCAAGUGACAGUGACAGUAUAUAGUAGUAUACAUGCAUAUCUGAGUAAGUUGGGAGUUGAAUCAUACGAUUUGUUGUACCAUCAUUUUUGUUUUGUUUCAUCCAGGAAUAUAUUCCAACAGUGUUGAGUAACCUUCAUAGUACACUGUAUUCAGUAACUGGAACACUGGAUUCCUUUUGUCUUAUUGUCAGGAUUCUGAUUAUGUUUACGCAUUUCAUACCAAGGUUAUUGGAUGAUUUGUUUCUCAGUGUGGAGUAUUGGUAUUCAGUGAGGGAUAGAUCACAGAUGCUGCAAUCAAUUAUCUGACUGUUACCCCUCUCUCCCACCACAAGGACCAUCAUCUCCUUUCCCAAUGUCACCCCUCCCACCUGUACCACUACAGUUAGCACCUCCUACACCAAAGUCACUCCUCUGUCUCCCACACCUGCAAUUGCCUCCCACUCUUGCUAUAAUUACUUACACCCCCAACUCCCCUCUUUCCCCUUAUAAAGAAGUGAGACGAGAGUUACUGUAUGUACAGGAGUCUGACGGUUCUAGUAUAUCCCCCUCCCUCGGUAGCUACAACCUCUGACUCCCCCUGGCAUCCAACACAUCCUAAUGUCCAGUGGCCAUGCCUGCCAAGUGGCAUGACAAUCAGGUCAAUCACUUGCCUCGCUCAGUGUGUGUGGGAGGGUAUUACUGUAUAUCGGCAUAAUUGUAUUUGAAACAUUUCGGCUUGCUGACAGCAGUUUACACGCUAUAAAAUCAGUUCACUGUGAUUAUAUGGGACGUUCCUCUCACUUGUGCAAUUAAAAAUCUCUUUCAGUCCUGACUCAUUGUUAAAUGGUCUGCUAUCAUUAUAAUUUAGUCAUCCAGUUGAUGCCUUUACCAUUAACAUAGGUCACACUGAACAUUCUGUGCUUCAGCAUGCUUAAGUGUCCCCAUUGAAGUACAAUACUCUACUAAUGAGUAGUCUUGAAAACCCGACCCUAGGCAAUAGUGACUAGGGUCUGGUUUCAAUGAUGGACUCUUUUGGCAUAGAGGAACUGUCACUGCCUACGUCACUACUUUAUCAGCUUAAAUAAACUACAAAAUAGUUGCUAGCAAGAUGGAGAUCACAGAGGCUAUUUUGAAUGAGUGCAUAUCCCAAGUGAAAAAAAUAAAAAAUAAAGUGGCUAGUUUGCAUUGGUUUUAGUUAAGGUUUUGACUGCAAACUUUGGUUAUGAAUCGCGACGUUCUGGCUUGUCUGCCUCGUGAUUUGUUGGGAGUGACCAUUUUUUUCUCUUCCCUUAUCGACGUAGGCAGUGACGUAGUUCACUAUGCCAAAAGAGUCCAUAAUUGAAACCAGACCAUAGUCACUGUGUUGCCUAGGGUCGGGUUUUUGAUACUAGCUAAUGAGUGCAGCUGUCUAAAUGUACAUGAGAUGAGCAAACGAACUACUUUUUUGCAUUGUGUCAUCCCACUAAGCAUCCUUAGCUGUAGCCUAUAACCUUGUUCCCUCCACUAACAGGUUGUAUUGUCACAGACAGACUUGUGUGAGAGAUGGGAUUCAUUCUUGUUUGCACAGUAGGUUGUGUAAGACGUUUCCUGUUUCUUCUAGUUGUCAUUAUUAAGGAAUGGGAGCAGGUUGAUUACUUGAGGAGAAGCCAAGUAAGGAUAUGUCAGACCAUGGGGAGGAGCUGACGUAGAGAGGGCCCACCCCUCAUCCCAUGCAGUUAACAGUAGAUGUGUCUCUGUUGAGAUUUUGUUUACAUUCAUAUUCAAAUCUUUAUACUAUUCAGCCAGGCUUUUGGUCAGAUGAGAGUAAAGGUAGUCUUUUUAUUUGUAGAACCUUUCAAACCUACUUGGAAAUGUGACGUUAAAGGUGCAAUAUGCAGAAAUCGCUCUGCCAUUUCCUGGUUGCUAAAAUUCUAAUAGUUAGCCUAAUUUCAGUUAAUGUGACAAAACAAGCAGUCAUUGUGUAGAGAAUCAUUGUACCAUCUAAGCUGCUGUGAAAUAUAUUUUCCAUAACCAAAAAUAUUGUAUUUUCAGCUGUUUAAAGCUGGUGUACAAAACCGAAAGUAAAACACGCAAAAACGAAACCUAAGAACUGGAAGCAUAGAAAAUGGCGCAAAUAGAACAGAUCUACCGCUUCUUAGACUUGCUUUCAAUGAGAAUGACAGAUCUAUAACUCACAUUUCUAUGUGAAUUUGGUCGGGUCGCCCAAAAAGUAACAUAUUUCAGCUUUAAAAUUAGGGGGAUUAUGAUCAUGAGGAAACUGUUUCUGUGUUGUUGCCAUAGAAUAAACAGAAAAUAGUGCCACUGGCAGGCAUAUUGACUAGAAUCAGAGACAGAAAUAGCACAUGGCUGAAAUUAAAGUAUAGAAGGAGAUGAAGGAGGAUCUUGUAAAAACAAAUUAUGGGCAUGGUUGGAACUCUGUGAUUGAGUUUCUAUUUCCCUGCCUUUGCUAUUUAAUAUUGUCAUAAUAAGCAGAAAUUAAAGUGUCACUGGGAGUCACACACUGUCAUGACUACUGGAAUUCAGCAAUAUUUUUCCUUGUCAACUAUUGUAUAACGUUGAGAGGGAGGGGAGGAGCACAGCACAUCUUCUGAGGGGAAAAGACAGCUUAAAAAUGGCAUCGUAAUCCAAUCUAAAGGCUCAUUUCCAGAGCCAAAGCUGUACAGCCUAAUUUCUGCUCAUUGCUGAACAUGCGUCUUCUUCCUUCCUGUGGGGAAGUGAUGUAGCCAGCCAGCCAACCAGCCUGCAGCAGAGCAGAGGUGAUUGAUUGGUGAUUUGUAGGGGGGAAUCAGUGAGAGAUUUGGCAAGGUUAAUGACAGAUGAUGCGUCAUUAAUAACCUUGUAAGGGUUGUGGGUUCGUUUCCCACGGGGGGCCAGUAUGAAAAUGUAUGCACUCACUAACUGUAAGUCGCUCUGGAUAAGAGCAUCUGCUAAAUGACUAAAAUGUAAAUGUAAAAUGUAAUUCAGCAGCACCCUGAAUUAUGCAUCAUCAGUAGUAGUAUACUAUUUAAUACUGCCGUAUCCCCACGGAGUUGGAAAAAGACAAGACUUUUAACAUGAAAGCUUCUUUUGGUUUUAAAGACUCUAUUAAGCAUAAAACAGUGCUGUCAACCCAAUCAGGAGAGGAGGUUAACCUUCCCUGCUGUGUCUGUCAAUCAGUCGACUCCCUCCCUCCGCCUCAACCUCUGCCAGGAGAUUCCCUGUUCAAACCUUCAAACCCCACUUCUCACCAGGCUUUUUGAUUCAUCCUGCAUAACCAUCGCCAUCUCCCCAAAGAGAUUUCACUUGGCAGUAAAUAAGGCCUCUAAAAAGAAAUCUUCUAGUUCCUUCUCCUCCUGUUACCUUUCCAGAGGAAUACAUUAAAGAAAAGUGAAGUAGAGCAGAUUUAGAAGAGAAAAUGCACAUUACUGUAGGGUUGAAUGCAUUUCAAGGGCCAAGAAACACCAUUAUAUCCAAAUGUGCAUUAGCAGAAAUACUUCCUUCUGAAUGCAUAUUGUAACACUCAUUAGUUCAGCUUGCUUCAACUCCCCAUGACAGGGUUAUUAUCCUGUUUCUAAAAUACAUCUCUGUUUGGAAAUGUACUGUAGCAAUCAGCCUGUAAAAAUGGGAUAAGAGUUGUGCUUGUCAUUAUCAAACUAAAGGGGGAUGCUUGCUGCUGAAUCAAAACUGUUGCUCUGAUAAUGGAAAUGUUUCAGCAGCUCAAAAGGAAAGGAAAUAUACGAAAUGUCCCUUGUUUUCCAGUCUGGACAAGUCUUCUGUGUGUAUAAAGGCUUCAGUUUGUAUCCCCUUUUGGUUCAUCAUAACAAUAAUGGUAUCCCAGGUCAAAAUGAGGUCUUAUAAAUGACUCCACCAUUUCUAUUUCAGUACGUAAAUGAAGAUUGCACAUUGAAUGUAAGCAUAAUUGUGUUUGUAUGGUGGCUGGUCAUAUUGAUCUUGCGACAGUGCUUUGUAAAUGUGUCUGUUGGAAGCACAACCAACAGCUUGUCAUACAGAAAUACAGCUUUGGCAGUUCAAUCAUUGAAUGUUUCAUAGGUUGGGAAAACUAUAGGCUAUAUCAAUGUACAGCAGACUGUUUCAAUACACUAUAGUGACAGGGUACUAAACCCUCUCGGGAAAAUUGGAAUUUGAAUGACAAAUUAUACAGGUGUAAUACAUGGCUGCAAUGCUCUAGUAGACACACACACACACACACACUUUAUCUCUCUCUCACUCGCUCUCUCUCUCUCGCUCUCUCUUGACUUGCUCGUAGCUCAGGUAGAAAGGGAGGGGGUGGGAUCAGAUGACAGUGUUGUCUACUUUCAGUCAGGUUGAUUGCAGUUGAUUUGAGGGUGCGUUUUCAUAUUGAUUUGUUUGGGUCUUGCGGGACCUCUAGUUUGUCAUUGGGUGAUUUAUAGAAAAUGAUCUGGGAGGAAAUAAUGCAGUCUCUCCACCCUGCAUGGUGGCCACAUGCAGCCAUAGGCUCUGACUGACUGCUCCAGCUCUAUUGGUGGGUGUUGGGAGUGAGUGUCUCCCCCAGGUCCGGCCCCCAGCCAGCCCUCAUGGAGCAUGUCUCUCCUCUCCUCUGCACGGCACACUACAGUACAGUGCUAAUAGCCUAUGUAGUAGGGGUGCCAUAGUGGGGAAAUGGGUGCGGCCGGAGGAGUCAUUGCACCCUUUUUUAAUUUAGUGAAGGUAAAGCACAGGAUUAGCGAGAGCUCUGGAUCUGGCUGAGCCUGAGAGUGGGGUAAUCAAAAGAGGCUGCUGCCGUGUCCAUCCACCAAUAUUAGGAGCACACAUCACAUCACAGGAGAUUAUUACAACACAAUUUAUUUAAUGGUGGGAGGAUGGGAUGGAGAGGCUGAGGUUGGGCCGUGCCGUGGGGGGAGGGCUGCCAGUCAACAUGGCACGGCGGCAGAGUGAUUGAAAUGUACCGUGUGACCUCAGCACACUUGUGGGAGCGUGACAUGCAAAGCAAACGACUGAUUUGAGAAUAUAUGUAUUUUUAUGUAUGUCAAUGUAUUUUUUUCCUAGAAUGUCAUUUAAUUAGAAAGUAACCUUGGCAUAGUGAUGGUAAUCUGCGGGGGUGAGAUUAUAUUGAUUGAUAUACAUUUUCUAAAUGGGAAAAGGCUGGCUCUGCCUUUCCCCGGUAACAAUAGAUGUCAUCCUUCAUCCUCCUAGUAUUUUUGAUGUAUUUUUGUCACCUGGCAAAUGCUGUGUUGGUUCGUUGUGUGUCCUUCCCAUUGCUCUGUCCUCUGCAACAUCAAUUUAUAAUCUCACCAGGUGGAUUCACAACCCCAGAUAGCCCAGAUCCAUUCACAAGUUUUUCUUCUUUUAACACUUUUCACUAUCAAAUGUGUUUUUCUUGCCGCUAGACGUCUGUGAUUAUUGUCCCGCGGACCAGUGGUAAAUAUGUCAGUUUUACUUAUCUCAACGUUUCAGGGGGAGUGUUGUGUGAUGUGAAAAAGUUAUUUUUCUCUCUAUUCAUCACCCUACAGUGAAGGAAAAAGUCUCAAGCCCUGUGUGUGUGUGUAUGUGUGUGUGUGCCAUUGGUGUGACAUCUAGGUGACCUAGAGCUCUGCAGACCUGCCUGCUGCAGCCUGCUAGACAUAUCUAUCCCCAGGCCAUUUGGAUAAAAGACCUGUGAUAGGGGAAUAUAGAAUGAACCAACAUUCCCACAUGAGAUAGGUGGAGGAAAAGGAAAAAGGAGUAUAGAUUUUCGGACUAAAAUCUAUGUGGAUUACGGUCAGAUAUCAUUGUGGUGAUGUUUCUUAAUCUGGGGACAUGAUGGCGGCCUUGUGAAAUUAACAGCACGUUUUCUUGAAGAAAGACAAGUUUGAUUUGUAAUCAUCAAGGCCAGCUGAAGCUGUAAUUACAAUUGCUGCAGGUUCCAGUGACACAUUACUCCACUCGACCGAACAAUGCAAGCCAAUCUCCAAAUGAAACCUCAGGCUGUGGUGUAACUGCAGUAACAGAAUUAAGACACUGCGUUACGUUUUAAUUAUGCCAUGUAGUGCCGUAUUUUAGCUGUCAGUCAAACUCUGCAAAAGUGAAACUAAAACUUAAGUUUAGGCAUUAACUCAGAAUGGUUAGGGUUAAGGUUAGGGAUAGGUUUAAACUUAAAGGGAUACUUCAGGAUUUUUUCCUUGAGUAUUCCAUAAGAGAAUGGGCUGGAACAAUGACGAAAAUGAGCUUCAGAAGAAAGUAUUUUAUAAAGGUAGCUGAGGCCGUGACCAGGAUUUAGCACUGCUGAAUGGACAGUGCCUCGGGCAGGUUAACUCUGUGGUGCUCAAUGGACAGCACCUCUGUCUAGCCAGCUAUAAUUCUUACCGUUUGUGGACAGGCAAGUCGACGGUUUGUGGGCACAGUUAGUUUCACACACACUGAUUACAUUUUACAAGUUUGUAAAGGCUAAUAAACAAUUAUUCUCAUGUUCAUUCAACAGUAGCCUAACCUGCAAAUUGCAAACGAAAAUGCAUUUAGGCCUACCUUUACUUUUAAAUAAAGUCCAUUCCUCUGUCCUUACAUCGCUGACUGUUUAAAUCAAAUCAUUCUGUAUUCUGUUUGAUGUAGGCCUACCCAAAAACACAGUGGAAGUCUUCAAGUGUCUGGGUUCAUCAUUACCCCGAAAUGCUAACUCUUGUUUCCCUAAGCAUGUUGCUAUAAUAAGGUCCUUCUUCAAAAUCUCACGGUUUUCCUUUAGGCUACCUACCCACUGGGCACAGACGUCAAUUCAACGUCUAUUCUACAUUGGUUCAACGUAAUUUCCUUGUAAUGAUGUGGAAACAACGUUGAUUCAACCAAUGUGUGCCCAGUGGGUUAGCAUUGUGCAUGGUCACUUGUUGUUCUUGCCAUUUAAUGCCAGAUCGAGCCGUGUGUUCCCCAAAGUUGUUAGGGUGAUCUGGUGUUGGGAUGUGGGAAGCCGAUUUUUCGUGUUUGAUGAGGGCAUCAGGUUGUUGAUGUGACAGUAGCAGCCUUCUGUUGUCCCCAGUUUGUAUUUGUAUUUGUGUUUUAUUAGGGAUCCCCAUUAGCUGCUGCCAAGGCAGCAGUUACUCUUCCUGGGGUCAAAACACAUCGAGACACUUACAUUACACAUAAAACAAAAUAUAAAACAGUACAUCAUAUAACAUCGCUACACCACUACAUAUCCACAACACAAAAUGCACGAUACCACCAUACAACAAUACCACAAUGUACGUGUGUAGAGUGUGUGUGCUAGCGCCCGUGUGUGUAUGCGUGUGUCUGUAUCUGUGUGUGUGUCUCUUCACAGUCGACGCUGUUCAAUAAGGUGUAUUUUUAUGUUUUUUAAAUCUGAUUCUACUGCUUGCAGCAGUUACCUGAUGUGGAAUAGAGUUCCAUGUAGUCAUGGCUCUAUGUAGUACUGUGCGCCUCCCAUAAUCUGUUCUGGACUUUGGGAUUGUGAAGAGACCUCUGGUGGCAUGUCUUGUGGGGUAUGCAUUGGUGUCUGAGCUGUGUGCUAGUAGUUUAAAACAGACAGCUCGGUGCAUUCAGCUUGUCAACACUUCUUACAAAAACAAGUAGUGAUGAAGUCAAUCUCUCCUCCACUUUGAGCCAUGAGAGAUUGACAUGCAUAUCAUUAAUGCUGCCCUGUUCUGAGCCAAUUGGGAUUUUCCUAAGUCCCUCUUUGUGAUAACACGACUGAACAGUAGUCCAGGUGCGACAAAACUAGGGCCAGUAGGAACUGCAUUGUUGAAAGUGUUGUUAAGAAGGCAGAGCAGCGCUUUAUUAUAGACAGACUUCUCCCCAUCUUAGCUACUGUUGUAUCAACAUGCUUUGACCAUGACAGUUUACAAUCCAGGGUUACUCCAAGCAGUUUAGUCACCUCAACUACUCAAUUUCCACAUUAUUCAUUACAAGAUUUAGUUGAGGUUUAGGGUUUAGUGAAUGAUUUGUCCCAAAUACAAUGCUUUUAGUUUUUGAAAUAUUUAGGACUAACUUAUUCCUUGCCAACCCAUUCUGAAACGAACUGCAGCUCUUUGUUAAGUGUUGCAGUCAUUUCAGUUGCUGUAGUAGCUGACGUGUUAAGUGUUGAGUCAUCCGCAUACAUAGACACACUGGCUUUACUCAAAGCCAGUGGCAUGUCGUUAGUAAAGUUUGAAAAAAGUAAGUAAGGGGCCUAGACAGCUGCCCUGGGGAAUUCCUGAUUCUACCUAGAUUAUGUUGGAGAGGCUUCAUUAAAGAACACCAUCUGUGUUCUUUUAGACAGGUAACUCUUUAUCCACAAUAUAGCAGGGGGUGUAAAGCCAUAACACAUACGUUUUUCCAGCAGCAGACUAUGAACGAUAAUGUCAAAAGCCGCACUGAAGUCUAACAAAACAGCCCCCACAAUCUUUUUAUUAUCAAUUUCUCUCAGUCAAUCAUCAGUAAUUUAUGUAAGUGAUGUGCUUGUUGAUUGUCCUUCCCUAUAAGCAUGCUGAAAGAAUGUUGUCAAUUUGUUUACUGUAAAAUAGCAUUGUAUCUGGUCAAAUACAAUUUUUCCCAAAAGUUUACUAAGGGUUGGUAACAGGCUGAUUGGUCAGCUAUUUGAGCCAGUAUUUUUAGGUAGUGGAAUUACUUUUGCUUCCGUCCAGGCCUGAGGGCACACACUUUCUAGUAGGCUUAAAUGGAAAGAUAUGGCAAAUAGGAGUGGCAAUAUCGUUCGUUAUUAUCCUCAGUAAUUUUCCACCUAAGUUGUCAAACCCCGGUGGCUUGUCAUUGUUGAUAGACAAUGGAAUUCAAAAUUACAAUGCUUGUCUUUCAUAAUUUGAUCAGUUAUACUUGGGUGUGUAGUGUCAGCGUUUGUUACUGGCAUGUCAUGCCUAAGUUGGCUAAUCUUGCCAAUUAAAAAAUAAUUAAAGUAAUUGGCAACAUCAGUGGGUUUUGUGAAUGAUGGAGCUGAGUUUGCCUUUUUACCCAGAAUUUCAUAUAAGGUGCUCUAGAGCUUUUUACUAUCAUUCUUUAUAUCAUUUAUCUUUGUUUCAUAGUAUAGUUUAGUCACAUGAUUUCUCAAUUUGCAGUACGUUUGUCAAUCGGUUGUGCAGCCAGACUUAUUUGCCAUUCCUUUUGCCUCAUCCCUCUCAACCAUAAAAUGUUUCAAUUCCUCAUCAAUCCACGGGGAUUUAACAUUUUCUUAAUGGGUGCAUGCUUAUUAGUAACUGGAAUAAGCAAUUUCAUAAAUGUGUCAAGUGCAGCGUCUGGUUGCUCCUCAUUACACACCACAGACCAACAAAUAUUAUUUACAUCAACAACAUAGGAAUAACUACAAAACGUAUUGUAUGACCUCUUAUACACUAUAUUAGGCCCAGCCUUUGGAACUUUGGUUUUCCUAGAUAUGACUACUAUUUUGUGAUCACUACAUCCAAUGGAUCUGGAUACUGCUUUCAAGCUAAUUUCCUAAGCAUUAGUAAAGAUGUGAUCAAUAUAUGUUGAUGAUUUCGUUCCUGUGCUGUUUGUAACUACCCUAGUAGGUUGACUGAUAACCUGAACCAGGUUGCAGGCACUGGUUACAGUUUGAAGCUUUUUCUUGAGUGGGCAGCUUGAUGAAAGCCAGUCAAUAUUUAAAUCACCCAGAAAAUAUAUGUCUCUGUUGAUAUCACAUGCAUUAUCAAGCAUUUCACACAUGUUAUCCAGAUACUGACUGUUAGCACUUGGUGGUCUAUAGGAGCUUCCCACAAGAAUGGGCUUUAGGUGAGGCAGAUAAAACUGUAGCCAUAUAACAGUAUUUAACAUGAGAUCCUCUCUAAGCUUUACAGGAAUGUGGUUCUGAAUAUAAACAGCAACACUUCCACCAUUGGCAUUUCUGUCUUUUCUGUAGAUGUUAUAACCAUGUAUUGCUACCACUGUAUCAUCAAAGGUAUUAUCGAAGUGAGUUUCAGAGAUAGUCAGAAUAUGAAAUUAUGAGAAGAGCAGGCAAGGGAAACAGUAAGCGCAGCCACACAGCCAGUGUUUUUGUUCAUACCACUCCUGUUUAAAACGAUCUGAUGAUUUUCUGUCCGUUCCUCUGUUGAAGGUCAGGAAGCCAGCUGUAUAGUAUCCAUUUUGUCAGGUUGUUUUUACUCGCUAUCUAGCUUCCUUACUCAGUUUACGAGAUGAGCGCCAAAUUAUGUAGACACGCCCAAAUAAGCAGUGCUUUUCCCACACAGCUUGUUUAAGCCUUAAAGGCAAUACGCAUGCGCAAAAUAUGAAAUCUGCACAAUGCAACGAAGUAAGCUAGUAUAAGCAGCGAGGCCUAUACCUACCCUGUCCAUCAACAUGACUGCAGUCAGGAAAUGCGGCACGUCAACGAUUUGAAUGGAUGGGAAGGUAGGCUCAGAUCGACAAGAGCUUCUGAUGCAGUUUUAGCACAUUUUGGGAUUUUGAGCAUAAAAAGAUGUGACACAUUGAGAAAAAACAUUACAUAAAAAAAGGCAAUUUUGUAUAUAAUUUAUUUUUUAUUUUGCUUUUGAGAACAGCUUAUUGAUGUCACUUGUUAAAUCCACUUCGAUCAGUGUAGAUGAAGGGGUGGAGACAGGUUAAAGAAGGAUUUUUAAACCUUGAGACAAUUGAGAGAUUGUGUAUGUGUGCCAUUGGUAGUAGGUGCCAGUCGUACCGGUUUGAGUGUGUCAAGAACUGCAACGCUGCUUGGAUUUUCAUGCUCAACAGUUUCCUGUGUGAAUCAAGAAUGGUCCACCACCCAAAGGACAUCCAGCCAACUUGACACAACUGUGGGAAGCAUUGGAGUCAACAUGGGCCAGCAUCCCUUGUGGAACGCUUUCGAUACCAUGUAGAGUCCAUGCCCCGACAAAUUGAGGCUGUUUUGAGGGCAAAAGGAAGGUGUUCAAUAUUACUCAAUAUUAGGAAGGUGUUCAUAAUGUUUUGUACACUCAGUGAAGAUAGUGAGUGUCUAUAGAUAGUGAGUGUCUAUAGAUAGUGAGUGUCUAUAGCGAUUGAGUGUCUAUAGAGAGUGAGUGUCUGUAGCUAGUGAGUGUCUGUAGAGAGUGAGUGUCUGUAGAUAGUGAGUGUCUAUAGAUAGUGAGUGUCUGAUAGAGUGAGUGUCCUAUAGAUAGUGAUGUCUGUAGAGAGUGAGUGUCUUAGAUAGUGAGUGUCUAUAGAGAGUGAGUGUCUUUAGAUAGUGAGUGUCUAUAGAGAGUGGUGUCGAGAUAGUGAGUGUCUAUAGAGAGUGAGUGUCUGUAGAGAGUGAGUGUCUAUAGAUAGUGAGUGUCUAUAGAUAGUGAGUGUCUAUAGAGAGUGAGUGUCUGUAGCUAGUGAGUGUCUAUAGAUAGUGAGUGUCUAUAGUGAGUGAGUGUCUAUAGAGAGUGAGUGUCUGUAGAGAGUGAGUGUCUAUAGAUAGUGAGUGUCUGUAGAUAGUGAGUGUCUAUAGAUAGUGAGUGUCUAUAGAGAGUGAGUGUCUGUAGAUAGUGAGUGUCUACAGAGAGUGAGUGUCUGUAGAUAGUGAGUGUCUGUAGAUAGUGAGUGUCUACAGAGAGUGAGUGUCUGUAGAUAGUGAGUGUCUAUAGAUAGUGAGUGUCUGUAGAUAGUGAGUGUCUGUAGAUAAUGUCUAUAAAUAGUGUCUAUAGAUAGUGCCCACUUUCUUGCAAAAUGUUUGUUAACAUGCCUUUUCUCAGGCCAGUGAUGUUUGAGAAACAGACGUGGCUUCUAUUCACCAGGCCGUUGGCAGCAGUAGCAGUGCUGCCUGCUAUAGCACUACUAAACCAUAGGGAACCAGUGGGGCUCCCACUCACUGCAACAACCUCUCCACUUAUGGAGGGCCUGAGUGGAGUCCAGCAGAAUAAAGAGCCCUGUCUGUGUGGCUGCCAUGAUUCACAGGAAGUACUUCCCCAUUCCCCAGCCGCAAUGUGUUUGGCCUCCUCCCACCCUCACGCUGCGCUUGCCGUCUGACUAGAAGACUCAGACAAAUGGCUGGUAGGGUUAGUGAGAGUGUGGUGGAAUCUCCAUUCUCUCCACAGUCCAAGUACUACUCUUUAGUGUAGAAAGGUAGCAAAAUUGUACCAAGGACUGGUUAGCGAAAUUCAGCAAGACUGUAGGAAAGGUGUGCAAAGGCAAAACUGUGCGAACAAUCUUCACAUUACAACAACAUCAAGAAUAGAAAUAAUCAAAAAUACGAUAAAUACCCAUAACAGACAAAAAGCACGCUUUUGCUCAUAUUAACACAACAAGGAAACCAGAUUCAACCACGCCAACCAAAUUAAAUUCAUUUAGCUUAAAACUUCUUAGUAGGUUUUCCGAACGAACGACUGGCGAACUGCCGAAAAUUGGUAAGAUUCCCGCCUGAACCGUAACUUUUUUGGGUGGAGGGUGGUAAUGUUGACUAAAUUGCUUUCAAUUGUGAUUUACGAGUCUAGCAUCUCUUCCACAUCUCCAAAGACCUCUUCUUCCCCGUUAUUUGUAAUUCAGUUAGAUUAUUUUCCCAGGCUAUUGUUAGCACCUGCCAGGGAAGACUGAAUAGGAAAGGUGGUGGCAGGGAAAUAUGUUUAAAUCAAAUGCAUGUGCACUAUUUAGCACAUACACUCAAGAAAUUACAGAAAUAACAAAUAAACAAGAUAAAUCCGGUCCUAUUUGGUUUAACAGUCAGAUAAGCCUCUGCUUUUGCCUUCUCACGCAGACCAGCAAAAACCAGAUCAACUCUGCAUCGCGCCCCACAUUUUUAUUUCAUUUUAUGCUUAAAACUACUUCUUAGUAAGGGUUUUCCAUAAACUGCUGGGUUUUAAGCUGCAUUAAUUUUGGCUAUAUUUUUCCCUCUUACCUUAUCUUUUUUGGGGGGAGGGUGGGAUAAAAUGUGCUAAAAUGUGCUUACAAUUUCUGUGGAGUUUCGAGCAACAGGGCUCGGUAUAUGAAAAGAAGAGAGAUUAUGUGCUGCUUUAUCCACUGAACAGAAUAUAAGGAGAUGAAUUCUUCCUCCCUCCUUUUUCCGCCCUUCUCUCCCUCUCAUUCUCUCCUCAACCUUUCUCUCCCACUCAUUUGUUUCGCACCAUCUUGUUUUCACUCUCAGUUCCCUCUCACAUUUGUUCUCACCCUUUCUCUCUCUCUCUCACUCUGACCCUGGAUCAACAUCUCUGAGAUGGAUAUAAAGGCUUUCAUUCCUGCUGCUCCAUUUGCUGAUUACAUCACCUGGUUGGGGAAGAUAAUUGACAGGGUCAGGGCUAGGGGAGUGAGGGGGCUGGAGGUAGGAGGGAGGGCUGGGGCUCGAGCUAGGCUAGGGCUGAGGUGUGAGGGGGGCUGGGCUGAGGCUGGGGUAUAGGGCUGGGGCCUGGGAGUGGGCUGGGGCUACAUGGGGCUGGGGGCUGAGAUUGGGGGCUGGGGAAGUGAGCUGCAAGGUGACAGUGUAGCCUACAAUGUGACUGACUGCUAAUAUAAUGGCAGCUAUGGUAGUACAUUAGGUUAGCUCUUCAUCUGGUUUAGGAGACAGCUGUUCACUCUCUCUCCUGGGAAACAGGGUGAUAUGUAUAUAGGAGGCACCCAGCACUGUGCGCUGUUCUCUCUCCCACAUCAACACUCAGUGGUUGACUGAUAGAAAACCCCUAGACAUGACAUCCAACAAGUCCUCCUGGGAGAUACAGUACAUAGAUAACAAUGGGUCAUGAUAAUAAAGAUGGAUGCAAUUAGGGGGCGAAAUGACAGGCAGGCAGGAAGUAGAGAAUGGAGAUCCAGCUACAUGUAGUCAGGGGGAUAAGAGCAGGCUGGAGAGCAGUCUGUGGGUGCAUCUGAAAUGGCACACUAUUUUAUGGGCCCUGGUCGAAAGUAGUGCACUAUUUAUAUAGAAUAGGGUGCCAUUUCGGAUGCCCUGUGUUCUCCUCUGGUAGGCCUAUGGACUGUGCACAGUGGUCCUUUUGUUUUUGUGGAGGGCACAGUGAGUUGCUGACUGUGCUGCCUGUGGAGUAUCCUUGUGGAGUCUUUUAUUCCCCCGAGCAGGUAACUAACGUGCCAUGCUCUGUUCUGCCUAUACUCUGCUCUGGGGAGGGACUCAGCAGUGUGUGAAGGACUCUGUGAGCUGCGACCAGGGACAAGGACAGGGACAGGGACACUGUGCCUCUCUCCACUGGUGGCGCCAGCCAGCAGCACCUUUAAUAGGAAAGAAAUAGUAAUAUGCUACUGGGGUGCUGGGCGUUGGAGAAAGUCCUCUCCGACUCCUUCAAACAUUCAGUCUCCCUUGUACUGCUGUUUAUUCUGCAGAGUGGCUUCUUCGAUUAGAUUGUUGUUAUUCAUAAGAGAUAAAGAUUGAGUAUCCAAAACGUGAUAAAUAUUUUGGAUGGGCUUAUUGCUUGCUGUCUAGCUUUGUUGUGUAGCUUUGUUUUAUUAUGGGGUCUUAGUAUUUCUCUUUGGAAGUGGUUCAUUUUUCAUGAAUAAGCGGUACAUUGCAUGUGUUUUCCAGUCACUGGUCACAGUGGAGGUCAUUAUGCGCUUGACAGUUACCAGAAUGCAUUCUCAAUCUAUAUGCAAAAGGAUUGGACUCUUCUUAGCUGUCGAAUCCCAGAAUAUAUUAACUCUGACUUUAAUAUAGACAAGGCCUUAGACAGUAUAGAUCUCUACCAGCUCCAGCAGCAGAGGUCAAACCUGUCUCUGCUCUGGAGUUUAGGAGCAGCUGGGAGACUCUUACAGAACAGGGUUUUUUAGCUGGAUGAAAAUCCUGCAAUGGUCCAUCAUCACCUGGCUAUUGUAAUCUUAUUAAUGGUGUUAUUCAUAUGUUUUGCAGUAUUAGGAAAGGGCCGUUCCUUUCAUUAGAUUCCCCCAUUCUCUAUUCUCCAUGUCGGUGUUUAGUAAAUGGUCUGUUUUUCCUCACUCCAAGGUUGAGGAGAUUUGGUGCUUCUCUCCGGUGAAUUCUUCUUACGAUAGCGGCAGUGCUCAGGACUGAUAAAAAAACGGUCCGUCUCACCUAAAAAUAGCCACCUUCGACUGCGUAGCCCCAGUGUCAGUGAUGUGCUCGUAGUGAGCCCGCCGGCUGUGCUUAGCAAAGUCAGUGCCGUCAUGGCAGUUCAUCGGAGCGGGGUGUCAACAAAAAUAGGAUUAACCCUUUUAACCCGAUUCUCUCCUGGACACUUCAAUUUCCUCGUGUUAUUGUCUCAUAGUGUGCCAACUGGCCCAAAGGAGAACUGUCUUGCACAAUGGCUAUGUGUGUGUGUGUUGUCCUUGUAUUAGACUAACAUGCUUAAUUUUCACUCAUCACUCGCCUGUCAGAAGAGGCCUAAGGGUUAAUGUGUUCCCACCACUGCACACACCAACACACACAAACACGCGCACACACACACACACAGUCAAGCCAACUGUUCACUGUCCCCAUAGUACAGUAGUGACACCCCUAAGAUGGGUUAGAGUACCCAGUGGCCAGUGGUCAAAUUGAUGCAGGCGGUCUCAUGUGACAUGGGGCAAUAUCCUCAGGCAGAUGGUGAGUCAGCACUUCUGACGAGGACUCCUCAUCCUCACACAAAACAGCCUCUCACAAGAACGAGGGAAAGGAGAGAAAAACCACACAAAACAAGGAAAUGAAUUAUUCAAGAGGGGAACUACUUUUCAUAUUCAUAAAUAGAUCAACAUCAAUCAUUCAAUCAGCCAGAAUCACAUUUACAGUGAAUGAUUGUGGUGCUGCUCUCUGGGAAGGAAGAGCGGGGAGGAACAGGAACACAUUGUUGUUCUGCUGUCCUCAUUCAGUCUGACGCCAUGCCGAAUGAAGGGGAGCAAACACACACACACACACACACAAACACACACACACACACACCGCUCCUCAUGGCUGUCUCUGUCUGCAAGGCUAGUGUAUCUGACAUGACAGACAACCUACCUGGAUGCCUUGCCAUCACUCUCCCAGCGUGUCUGCCAACAGGUAGAGACGGCACCCCGCGGGCAACGCACGCACACACACACCUUUAUGCCUUUUCAACAUGUUCAUAUUGGGUGAUAGGAGUGUGAAUACGUCCAGUACUCUAGCCCUCUGUGGGUGAUAUCAGAGCCCCAGUAUGACGGUGACACCAGGAUGGGCUACUGUGGCCCCAGGUAGCUAUCUCCAGGACAGGGUGGUGAGUGGGAGAGAGGUUUAUCUUGUAGCAGGAGGCACUCUGAGGGUAAAAACAUGGAUCUGCAGUCCUUGGUCACUUCCCAGGAGAGCAGAUGGUGUGGUGUGUACCGUACCUCUGUCUCUCUAGACGAGCAGGCAUGGAAAUGUCACGGGUCUGUCGUCAUGACAGUGAGCAGUCCCUCCCCAGCACUAUAACAAUUCAGGUGUAAGCUAUGCAACUCCCUCUCUGGAUCUCUCUCUCUCCUCCCUCAAACUCUCCCUCUCUCUGUGGCUCUCUCCCUCUCUCUCUCCCUCUCUCUCGCCCUCUCUCUCUCUCUCUCGAUCUCUCUCCCUCUCUCUCUACACCGCAGCAGUGUACCGCUGCCUGCACUGAUAUCACCAUGAAGGACGCUGCCUUUUGUUUUAUAAAGGGGAAAAGCUAUCAAUCCACAAUUCAGACAGACAGACAUAGAGAUAGGGAUUUUGUGCCUUUGCAAUGUUCGUCCACCACCCUGCCCAGCCCUGCGCUCACUGCUAUAUUUAUAGAACAAUAUUCCUCUAUGUCAGGAUCCCAAUGCAUAAUAAAACACAGUAAAUGGAUCCCUGCUAUGUUUAGGUGGGCUGACCUCCAUUAGAACGCAAUAGCAAGCGUGAAAUUGAAAAAUAGCACACCCACACACACAGAGAGAGAUAAGUCAUGCACAUUUACACAGAACCAGAUGUGUAAUUGAUUCUUGAAUAGAAAUACCAAUAGCUACACUACAUGACCAAAAGUAUGUGGACACCUGCUCGUCGAACAUCUCAUUCCAAAAUCAUGUUCAUUAAUAUGGAGUUGGUCCCCCCUUUGCUGCUAUAACAUCCUCCACUCUUCUGGGAAGGCUUUCCACUAGAUGUUAGAACAAAGUUGGAAGCACAGAAUCGUCUAGAAUGUCAUUGUAUGCUGUACACUGGAACUAAGGGGCCUAGCCCGAACCAUGAGAAACAGCCCCAGACCAUUACUCCUCCUCCACCAAACUUUACAGUUGGCACUAUGCAUUCGGGCAGGUAGCGUUUUCCUGGCAUUCGCCAAACCCAGAUUCGUCCGUCGGACUGCCAGAUGGUGAAGCGUGAUUCAUCACUCCAGAGAACACAUUUCCACUGCUCCAGAGUCCAAUGGCGGCGAGCUUUACUCCACUCCAGCCGAUGGCAUUGCACAUGGUGAUCUUAGGCUUGUGUGUGGCUGCUCGGCCUUGGAAAACCCAUUUCAUGAAGCUCCAGACAAACAGUUAUUGUGCUGACGUUGCUUCCAGAGGCAGUUUGGUACUCAAUAGUGAGUGUUGCAACCGAGGACAGACGAGUUUUACGCUCUACGCGCUUCAGCACUCAGCGGUCCCGUUCUGUGAGCUUGUGUGGCCUACCACUUUGCGGCUGAGCCACAACAUAUCAUCGUGUGCCUCCAAGUUUACUUCGAUAUGAUGGUUAUUAUAUCAAUAUUUGCGCAUAAAGGCGUUUCUACCGGCAUUUCUCGUAUAAUACAUUUUACAGAUCCCACCUUGUCUAGCGUGUUUUGUUUUGUCGACAAAUUAGCUGUUUCCAUCAUGCCUGUCUUGAAUUUCUUUAUCCAACAUGUUCUUUACUCGCAUAAAAAGGUUGAAUGGAAACCUGGUUAGUUGCUAGAUUUCCAUCCAGUUGGAGACAGAUGGUAGUGGGAAUACUCUAAAGUCAGCAUAAAAACAAUAUGCACAUUUUCCCAUCAAAUUUUCCAUCAAAUUGACUUGUUGGGGAUAAAAGGCUGUGCGUGAUGACGUAGUGCACAUAAAAGUAACCUUUGCCAUGUACUGAAUAAAAAACACAAUUUAAAUAGGUUUCCAUCGCAUUUUAAACUCUACUGAUGGUUUUGACACACAAAGAAAUGUGCGUUAUAUAGCAAAUGUGCCCACUUUGGUCUUGGCACGCGCAUUCUAGCCAACAGCUCACAGAAACAGUGCAGGUACAGCCUACUACAUGAUGAGAUUAUUAUGGACAAAAGAGCGAGAUUCUUUUUAUUUGUCAAAUGCCAGCCAAGCAUCGAUCAUCAUGUCACCAGAAUAAGACCCUCAAUAUCUAUUGGAAAGGAGCAUCAAGCUCAUCACCGUGCACUUUCACCAUCCUGUGAAGUUCAUCAUAACUUAUUUCAUCUUUAGCCUAAUAAACAGCAUGCUUUUCCGAGUCGUAGUGGGAGGACCACACAACAUAUCAUCGCGUGCCUCCAAGUUGACUUAUUAUAUCAAUAUUUGCUCAUAAAGGCAUUUCCAACGCCAUUUCUUGCAUAAUUAAUGAUACCAACACAAAAAGAUCCCACCUUGUCUAGCAUGUUUUGUUUUGUCGACAUUUGGAAAGUUUACCGACAAAUUUGCUGUUUCCAUCGGGCCUGUCGUGAAAUGUUUUCUCCGACCCUCGCAUAACAAGGUUGGAUGGAAACGUGGUUGUUUGUUCCACAAUAUUUCCAUCAUGGGUCACAACCUUCAUCACCACGGUUGUGAAUCUCUGACAUUGAGGAGACCUAGAGACUUGAGGUAUUGGGAGACAGACACAUGGUUGAUGUCUGUAGGAGGCUAUAGUAUGUACAGUACAUGACCAGAGGCUUGGGAAGGCUGUUGAACACAAAUCCCCAUUACGUCAUCCUAGGGAACAGGUGGAGUUCACACAGGUGUGUGUCCCCUCUCUUGGCCCCAGGCCCUCUCAGGGGAUCCUGACAGUAGCUUGCAUACCCCUCCAUCCCUCUCUCUGAGGCCCAGUAAGCAUGUCGAGGAGCCCUCCUCCCCUGCCUCUCCACAGCCUACCCAUGUCUCUUCUCAGCCUCCUCUCUCUCUCUCUGUUCAAAUAGACAAGACAGUCUGCCAGCUGGGCUUUUUCUACUUCCUGAUGUCUGUGUUUGUUUCUUCACGACCUAGUUUAAAACUAACAGUCAAGUCCUCUGAGGUCACCAUGAAACUGGCAGAAAAGUGGCGAGGACAAUGAGCAGGUGUUGGUACGAAAAUAAAUGGAUAUAUUAGCACAUAGUGUUUGCAGCGGCUUUAAGGGCCGUUGGUGCACCUCCAGCCCGUUAGCAAGCUGUUUUGUGUUCAUGAUGUCAACUCACACACUUCUUCCUGACAUGGGGAAUACGAGGGAAUGGGAAGAAUUCGAAGAGUAAAUGUCAUUACACGUGUACAUGUUAUUUCCUUUGAAGUUUUGUCUUGUCCUCUUGGGCUUUAAAUAUUAACAUGAGCAAACACAGUGGCAGAAAUGUAUUUCUAAAUAUAACUCUGCUUGACAAGAAACUGAAACCGUGGAUACCCUUGUACUUUGAAGAAUUCCAAUUACUGUCACUGUUUCGUGUGUCAGUGUGUCAGCGAGAGGGGGUUUAGUGUGUGUCAGUGUGUGUGCGUGUGCGCGUGUGUGUGGGAGAGAGUGUGUGUGUGUGUGCACGUAUGUGUGUGUGUAUUUAUGGUUUUUGUAAACCAUAAUCCAUGGCACAAUGCGGCUCAACUGUCUUAGACAUCUGUGUGUAAUAUCCCUGUAAUUAAUGUUUAUUUCAAAGUAAUGUAAUGUGUCCAUAGACAGGCAGCACAGUGAUCUCAGAGGCAAUUGGAAUGUUCAUCUCCACUGAGAGCCAUCACAGCCAAGCAAACAUCAACAUAGAGAAUUGUAUAUUUUUUCAUUUUUUCUGGGUCUCUGCUUUAAAUUGGUUUUGCUCUGAGAUGGAUUUUUAUGGGGCCAGUUAAACUUGAGUGGUUAAAUCAUCCUUCCCUACCCACAAGAACCAGUUCACAAUGCGGGACCCUCUCCCUCGAUGCAAUCUAUAGAGCACCAAGGAUACUGUAUAUCCUCCUUUAUACAACACUACCAAUCUGGAUUCAAUUACAAAGCGGGCAGAGAGUGUAAUUUAUAACCAAACUGUGCGACUGGGAAGAUGGACAAGGUCACGCCACACUUUGUAAUCAACAUUUAAGCCUCAUUUACCUUUUUAAAUGUGCACCCAGCAACCACAAGCAGGAGGCAAAUAGGUUAUGCAUCAAGACAGACUGGGAGAUGAAGGCAAGGCUGCAACUGUGUGUCAUUACUCCUUCAUGAGAGCCACAGUAGGAUACCAUGUGAACACAUGUUGUGACAGCCAUGAGUCAUACAGGUUCAAACUAGCCGUAUCAGGGAUUUAGUUUAAUUAAAAAAUGGCAUAUCAUUAUUUUUUAAAGGCCUUCAAAGACUUAGAUUUAGUGGCUGGUCAAGACACAUGGCCAUAGUGUACACAAUCCUAAACCACAUGAAUUAUUGAAAAGGUUGGAUGUCAGUGGUGGUACAGUGAGGGAAAAAAGUAUUUGAUCUCCUGCUGAUUUUGUACGUUUGCCCACUGACAAAGACAUGAUCAGUCUAUAAUUGUAAUGGUAGGUUUAUUUGAACAGUGAGAGACAGAAUAACAACAACAAAAUUCAGAAAAACGCAUGUCAAAAAUGUUAUAAAUUGAUUUGCAUUUUAAUGAGGGAAAUAAGUAUUUGAUCCCCUCUCAAUCAGAAAGAUUUCUGGCUCCCAGGUUUCUUUUAUACAGGUAACGAGCUGAGAUUAGGAGCACAUCGCCAAGCAGCUUGGUGAGAAGGUGACAACAGUUGGUGCGAUUAUUCGCAAAUGGAAGAAACACAAAAUAACUGUCAAUCUCCCUCAGCCUGGGGCUCCAUGCAAGAUCUCACCUCGUGGAGUUGCAAUGAUCAUGAGAACGGUGAGGAAUCAGCCCAGAACUACACGGGAGGAUCUUGUCAAUGAUCUCAAGGCAGCUAGGACCAUAGUCACCAAGAAAACAAUCAGUAACACACUAUGCUGUGAAGGACUAAAAUCCUGCAGCGCCCGCAAGGUCCCCCUGCUCUAGAAAGCACAUACAGUGGGGAAAAAAAGUAUUUAGUCAGCCACCAAUUGUGCAAGUUCUCCCACUUAAAAAGAUGAGAGAGGCCUGUAAUUUUCAUCAUAGGUACACGUCAACUAUGACAGACAAAUUGAGAAAAAAUAAUCCAGAAAAUCACAUUGUAGGAUUUUUUAUGAAUUUAUUUGCAAAUUAUGGUGGAAAAUAAGUAUUUGGUCACCUACAAACAAGCAAGAUUUCUGGCUCUCACAGACCUGUAACUUCUUCUUUAAGAGGCUCCUCUGUCCUCCACUCGUUACCUGUAUUAAUGGCACCUGUUUGAACUUGUUAUCAGUAUAAAAGACACCUGUCCACAACCUCAAACAGUCACACUCCAAACUCCACUAUGGCCAAGACCAAAGAGCUGUCAAAGGACACCAGAAACAAAAUUGUAGAUCUGCACCAGGCUGGGAAGACUGAAUCUGCAAUAGGUAAGCAGCUUGGUUUGAAGAAAUAAACUGUGGGAGCAAUUAUUAGGAAAUGGAAGACAUACAAGACCACUGAUAAUCUCCCUCGAUCUGGGGCUCCACGCAAGAUCUCACCCCGUGGGGUCGGUCAAAAUGAUCACAAGAACAGUGAGCAAAAAUCCCAGAACCACACGGGGGGACCUAGUGAAUGACCUGCAGAGAGCUGGGACCAAAGUAACAAAGCCUACCAUCAGUAACACACUACGCCGCCAGGGACUCAAAUCCUGCAGUGCCAGACAUGUCCCCCUGCUUAAGCCAGUACAUGUCCAGGCCCGUCUGAAGUUUGCUAGAGUGCAUUUGGAUGAUCCAGAAGAGGAUUGGGAGAAUGUCAGAUGAAACCAAAAUAUAACUUUAAAAAUAAAACUCAACUCGUCGUGUUUGGAGGACAAAGAAUGCUGAGUUGCAUCUAAAGAACACCAUACCUACUGUGAAGCAUGGGGGUGGAAACAUCAUGCUUUGGGGCUGUUUUUCUGCAAAGGGACCAGGACGACUGAUCCGUGUAAAGGAAAGAAUGAAUGGGGCCAUGUAUUGUGAGAUUUUGAGUGAAAACCUCCUUCCAUCAGCAAGGGCAUUGAAGAUGAAACGUGGCUGGGUCUUUCAGCAUGACAAUGAUCCCAAACACACCGCCCGGGCAACAAAGGAGUGGCUUCGUAAGAAGCAUUUCAAGGUCCUGGAGUGGCCUAGCCAGUCUCCAGAUCUCAACCCCAUAGAAAAUCUUUGGAGGGAGUUGAAAGUCCGUGUUGCCCAGCGACAGCCCCAAAACAUCACUGCUCUAGAGGAGAUCUGCAUGGAGGAAUGGGCCAAAAUACCAGCAACAGUGUGUGAAAACCUUGUGAAGACUUACAGAAAACAUUUGACCUGUGUCAUUGCCAACAAAGGGUAUAUAACAAAGUAUUGAGAAACUUUUGUUAUUGACCAAAUACUUAUUUUCCACCAUAAUUAGCAAACCCACAAGAACCAGUUCACAAUGCGGGACCCUCUCCUCGAUGCAAUCUAUAGAGCACCAAGGAUACUGUAUAUCCUCCUUAUACAACACUACCAUCUGGAUUCAAUUACAAAGCGGGCAGAGAGUGUAAUUUAUAACCAAACUGUGCGACUGGGAAGAUGGACAAGGUCACGCCACACUUUGUAAUCAACAUUUAAGCCUCAUUUACCUUUUUUAAUGUGCACCCAGCAACCACAAGCAGGAAGCAAAUAGGUUAUGCAUCAAGACAGACUGGGAGAUGAAGGCAAGGCUGCAACUGUGUGUCAUUACUCCUUCAUGAGAGCCACAGUAGGAUACCAUGUGAACACAUGUUGUGACAGCCAUGAGUCACACAGGUUCAAACUGGCCGUAUCUGGGAUUUAGUUUAAUUAAAAAUGGCAUAUAAUUAUUUUUUAAAGGCCUUCAAAGACUUAGAUUUAGUGGCUGGUCAAGACACAUGGCCAUAGUGUACACAAUCCUAAACCACAUUAAUUAUUGAAAAGGUUGGAUGUCAGUGGUGGUACAGUGAGGGAAAAAAGUAUUUGAUCCCCUGCUGAUUUUGUACGUUUGCCCACUGACAAAGACAUGAUCAGUCUAUAAUUUUAAUGGCAGGUUUAUUUGAACAGUGAGAGACAGAAUAACAACAACAAAAAUCCAGAAAAACGCAUGUCAAAAAUGUUAUAAAUUGAUUUGCAUUUUAAUGAGGGAAAUAAGUAUUUGACCCCCUCUCAAUCAGAAAGAUUUCUGGCUCCCAGGUUUCUUUUAUACAGUUAACGAGCUGAGAUUAGGAGCACAUCGCCAAGCAGCUUGGUGAGAAGGUGACAACAGUUGGUGCGAUUAUUCACAAAUGGAAGAAACUCAAAAUAACUGUCAAUCUCCCUCAGCCUGGGGCUCCAUGCAAGAUCUCACCUCAUGGAGUUGCAAUGAUCAUGAGAACGGUGAGGAAUCAGCCCAGAACUACAUGGGAGGAUCUUGUCAAUGUCAAGGACGUGCCAAUGAAAUCUGAAUGUAAAUUCAGAGACAAUGUGGUGAAAGUCAGGCCCAUCUGAAGUUUGCCAAUGACAUCUGAUGAUUUCAGAGGAGAACUGGGUGAAAGUGUUUGUGGUCAAUGAGACAAAUCGAGCUCUUUGCCUCAACUCCACUCGCGUGUUUGGAGGAGGAGGAAGCUGCUUUACCCCCAGAACACAAUCCCCACCGUCACACUGGAGGUGGAAACAUUUAUGCUUUGGGGUGUUUUUCUUGCUAAGGUGGACAGGACAAACUUACCUCAUCAAAGGAACGAUGGACGAGGUCAUGUAACCGUCAAAUCUUGGGUGAGAACCUCCUUCCCCUCAGCCAGGGCAUUGAAAUGGGUCAUGGAUGGGUAUUCCAGCAUUACAUGACACCAAAACACAGGGCCAAGGCAACAAAGGAGUGGCUCAAGAAGAAGCACAUUAAGGUCCUGGAGUGGCCUAGCCAGUCUCCAGACCUUAAUCCCAUAGAAAAUCUGUGGAGGGAGCUGAAGGUUCGAGUUGCCAAACGUCAGCCUCAAAACCUUAAUGACUUGGAGAAGAUCUGCAAAGAGGAGUGGGACAAAAUCCCUCCUGAGAUGUGUGCAAACCUGGUGGCCAACUACAAGAAACGUCUGACCUCUGUGAUUGCCAACAAGGGUUUUGCCACCAAGUAUUAAGUAAUGUUUUGCAGAGGGGUCAAAUACUUAUUUCCCUCAUUAAAAUGCAAAUCAAUUUAUAACAUUUUUGACAUGCGUUUUUCUGGAUUUUGUUGUUGUUAUUCUGUCUCUCACUGUUCAAAUAAACCUGCCAUUAAAAUUAUAGACUGAUCAUGUCUUUGUCAGUGGGCAAACGUACAAAAUCAGCAGGGGAUCAAAUACUUUUUUCCCUCACUGUAUAAAGCAGUUCAGUACAGUACAGUCUAUGUGAUCUUCUUUUCUCCUAAAUCCUCUCUACCCAAUUCCUGUCUCUCCCAGGUGCUGCUGGAGUUGACUAUACUGCUACUGAUAGGGAUGUUGAUCAGGUUCCCCACUAUGUGGUUCCUCCUGUUCUCUCUCAGGUUCUAAGCCAUCUGUGGUUCUUCCUGUUCUCGCUCAGGUUCUAAGCCGUCUGUGGUUCCUCAUGUUCUCUCUCAGGUUCUAAGCCAUCUGUGGUUCUUCCUGUUCUCGCUCAGGUUCUAAGCUGUCUGUGGUUCCUCAUGUUCUCGCUCAGGUUCUAAGCCGCCUGUGGUUCCUCAUGUUCUCGCUCAGGUUCUAAGCCGUCUGUGGUUCCUCAUGUUCUCUCUCAGGUUCUAAGCUCUCUGUGGUUCCUCAUGUUCUCUCCCAGGUUCUAAGCUCUCUGUGGUUCCUCAUGUUCUCUCCCAGGUUCUAAGCUCUCUGUGGUUCCCCCUAUUCUCUUCCAUGUUCUAAGCUCUUUGUUGUUCCUCCUGUUCUAGGUUCUACUGGGACCUGACCAUGCUGCUGCUGAUGGUGGGGAACCUGAUCGUCAUCCCGGUGGGCAUCACCUUCUUCAAGGACGAGCACACGCCCCCCUGGAUCAUCUUCAACGUGAUCUCAGACACCUUCUUCCUCAUGGACCUGGUGCUCAACUUCCGCACGGGCAUCGUCAAGGAGGACAACACAGAGAUCAUCCUGGACCCACAACAGAUCAAGAUCAAGUACCUGAGGAGCUGGUUCGUGGUGGACUUCAUCUCCUCCAUACCUGUGGACUACAUCUUCCUCAUCGUGGAGACGCGCAUCGACUCAGACUUCUACAAGACGGCCCGGGCGCUGAGGAUCGUCCGCUUCACCAAGAUCCUCAGCCUGCUCAGACUGCUCAGACUGUCCAGGCUCAUCAGAUACAUCCACCAGUGGGAGGAGGUAGGGUACUGUAGGAGGGUGUUCGUACAUACGUGCGUGUGAGAGUAUUAUAAUCCAUAGUAUAUCUACCAAACACAGAAUACCUACACAUGAACACAGACCGUCUUUACUACAGUCGACUGUCCUCUAUAGAGUAUAGCUCCUCGGAGAGAGAUAACGUUGUUUACUGAGAUCCAUAAUGUAUUACCUUUCCCCUGGGGUUGGGCUAGAGGAAGCUACUCUAGCUAGCUGUGUCUGAUUAGAUCCACUAGUGAGGCAAGGUGAAGAGGCUUUUUGCUUUACCUCAUCCACCAGUGAGAUGAUGAAGAGAGAAACGUUGAUUACUGUUCUGUGCAGCAUCAGUCUAUCUACCAGUCUGACGAAGGGAGUCCAGAGAGAGAGAGAGAGAGAGAGCCUCUGCUGCUGCUGAAAUACAGGGAUGAUUAUAAUUGCCAUAAUAAUUAGAAAUGUUCCCGUCCCUCCCUGGGUGUAUCCUUGAGCACUGUCCCAGAAGUAAGAGGUGCAAAGUGAAGCAGCAGAGCCCAGCAGGAGAUGCAUUCAUUCAGUCAUUAAGGAGACAGAGACACUCCUCCACCACCAAGACAGCAGGGCACACACAGACCCAGGCACUGCCACAGUGAAUUUACAUACCAAAAAGGGUUCUUCAAAUGGUUCUCCUAUGGGGACAGCCGAAGAAUCCUUCUAUUCUAGAUAGCACACUUUUUCAGGUGAGAGUAUCGGGGGGUAUAUUUUACAUUAGUUAUCUUUUGUUUUGUUUUUAGUCUCAUCCUUCAGUGUGGAGUACUGUUUGUAACAUUGAAAUGUUUGUCAGGACAGGUUCCCUCGCUCUCUCUCUCUUCUACAGUACCACUUAGACAGAAUGAUUGUGUCCAUCCCUAUAAGGUAUUUUGAUCACGGCUCUAUUCAGCUCUCAAAACCAACUGAGGCUCUCUCUUUCACAGUUGCCUUAAAAUCCCUGCUGGGUGUGUUCACCUGAGAGUUUUACUUUGCAUGAACAAUGGGGGGAGUUUGAAUAGCUGGUUGAUUGCCAAACAAACCACAACACUAAACCACACCAUACCCAGGGGCAUUUUAAAAGGUGCUUUUCAACCACAUUGACAGACAGUUUGAGGCAGCAUACCACUCAGGUUGUGAUGUAUACAUCAAAGAGGCAGCCUUGCUAGUACAUAAAUAUCAUCACCAUCACCAUCUUUAUGUCUUCCUGUUAACCUGGGAACUGUAACUGAUAGGAGGGGCUAGCCAGUCACAAAGGCAGCUUCUAUUUGAAUGUGUGUGUUGUGUGUGUGUGUGCGCGAGGCGUGCUGAUCGGCGCUGGGUAGGCAGGCCCUGCCAAAGGCCAGCUCUGCCUCGGUGCUGGAACACUACAGUGGUAACCCCACAGAAAUGUCAUCUGUCAUCUCCGAAUAACUUGUCGACCACAUCUCACCACCUGACUGACUUUUUGACUUUUUCGCGAUGGCAACUACAUUUCAAAUUACAUCAUAUCUUUUAAAACUGCGUCACCAUUUGAGCUUUUCGAAUAAUAUAUCUUCUUAAAUUGCUGGAAUUCAUAGCUGAACUAUUCCUAUCUAUUGGUAGCUGAAGAGCAAUCCACAGCGCCAUAGAACAUACUGUACUUCCUGUUUAACUUGCAAGGUCUUGCAUGUUGUUGACUCUGUUGCUUCCCCAGCACAGUGACAUUGCUCAUUGCUCUGUCAUAGUUGGUCCUGGAGACGUCUGAUGCAUUGACCUGCUGAGUGAAGGAAGGCUUCAUGUUCUCACAUGUCAUAGUGAGCAGAAGAUAAAUGCCUCCCCAUUGCAGCUCAGCCCCUAGUCUCCUCUAAUCACAGAUUAUAUUCUAACAUCCAGGCCCACACACACCCUGACAUUAAGGGUUAAAUGAACCCCCUGGCUGUGGAGAUGUCAUGUGUUUUUAUUUUCUGUGUGUGCAUGUACCUGUGUGCUUACAUGACUUGCUACUGUAACAUGUGUUUAGGGGCAGAUUCUCAAGUCUUGAUUGGUGCCCGUAGUCAACUAUGACCCUUUGUUGCAGGGCACAAAGGACUUCCCAUCCUAUCAAAUCAGCAUCACAAGUUUUAAACAGCUAUCUAUUAAACCACCGCAACAUUAACUAACCAAUAAUACACACUUACAGAAUAAAAACAUUGAUUUAAGAUUCCCUUCCAAGACAUAAUAGCCGAGCGGGCUUAGUGAACUACAGUGUUUUACAGCUUACAAACGGGGUGGUUGGUGGUUGUGGUGGUGGGGGUGUGGCGGCGAUAACACUGUCAAAGAUAAUGACAUUCUAAGUGGUGUGCAGAUAUCCAUCAUAUCAAAGGGAGGAGGCUGCAAUCAGUGCCAUGGCAUCUCUCCUGUCUGUCCUCCUAUCCCUAUAUAUAUCUGUCUAGACAGCUGGGCUGUACUCAUUGUCAUAUUUCAUUGGGAUAAAAAUAAGACGCUGGCCGAAUAUCCUCCUCAUCGGAGUUGUCUCCUGUAGACAAACCCAGUGACUUGAAUUAAAUUAGUCAACAUGUUAUUAAAUCAACCUCAAACGAAUGCACUAAUGACUAAUCUGUGAGAGUGGCUCCCAUGCCAGAUGUCUUCAACAUCACCAUCCCCCCGCUUGCUGCUUUUAGCAGGGAUGCAGAGGCAUUUGGGGCCUUGAUGAGGAAAUAGUUUAAAAGCCAAAAUUGUCAACGGCCUUAUGUGGAAAUAGUAUAAAAUCCAAAGCAUCAAGCCCCAGAUUUGGAUUUUUAUCUCAGUCAGCACUUAGCUGCACUUUAUUUCGCCGAAAGAGAGAAAGAACAUCCUUAAAUACUUUUCAGACGAAGAGUUAACAAGAAUAACAUUAGUGGGCGGCGGUGGAUCAUUUUCAACAUGGCAGACAAUUCCACAGUGUUUUGAACUUGGUGUCAGGAGCUUUGGAGCACUACCAUCUGUGUUUGUUGAGUGCAUGGAGGCAGGGAGUCCAUCUCUAUUAAUAUUGGCAUCUGGGAUUGUUAAGAUGGAUGGCUUUUCUGCCCAACUGGCUGUGUGCAGGAUGGAGUGGGGGAACGAUCUGAUAUGCCACAGAAAGAAAUCCCAAGGUGCUUUGAUAAGAGUGAGCCACGUGGUCGCCAGGCAGGCAGGCACGCCGCGAGGGAGGGAAGGAGAGCAUUUCCAUUCAUUUUCCACCUAAUAAAUCUGCACACACAAAAUAUGUAAAUAAUGCAAAUCAGCCAAUCAGGCCUCCACUUGGUGACCCGUACCUUGGCCAAGGACUGCUCUUUCACAGAUAAGAAAGAAGAAAAGGUUUAAUGGGGUAUUAUUGAGUGCACAAUGAGGCUUGCCAGCAAGAGUGACAGGUCCUCAAGGCUGUCUGUGAAUAUGCCUUGUGUGAUAUUAAUACCCACAGCAGGGCCCCUUAGAAGAUUUCUGCAUUAAAAUGUGUAAUCCGGCACGCACCCAUCGAUACUUCUCAGUAGGAAGCUGAAUAAAGCAUUCUGUGGCUUCCUCAAAAGCCCUCCAGGCCGGCUUGUAUAGACAGCUGAUGGAAGAGUGCCCCAUGUGGUUCUCUCUCUCUCGCCCCCAUUUUUUAAUCUACACAACUCCUUUGUCUACCAUUACAGUGUGGAUGAGGGUCUGGCAUUUUGUCAGGGCAUUUUACUGUGUAGCCCAUGUUGUCCCUUUAUACUGAAAUCCAGCCCAAUGUUGAACUAAAAUCAGAAAAGGGGGGUGGGUGGCAAUGUGAAAGUGGCAUCAGUGAAACAAUAGGAGUGAGGGAUUUUUCUUGGAUUUGGUGGCGACACAUGAUGUCAAGCAUUCAUCAUCAUUAGCAGCCUGGACAGCAAACACCAGAUGCCUCAGCAUAGCAUUACAUUGGCUGUGUCUCACUUACAGACAUAUGCAUCUAUUCUCUCUCUCUCUCUCUCUCUCUCUCUCUCUCUCUCUCUCUCUCUCUCACCUGGACCACACUGUUCUCUCCCUCCAUCUGUCUGAGAUGACUCUGCAGCUGUGACUGUGACUUCCUGUGUGUCCCAGAUAACUUCCUGACACAUUCAGGUGUCUCCCUAUUGAUCAAAUGGAUGUCUUGUCUGGGCAUGUCUGUCUUUCUGGACUGGGUCCUUGUUUUUUCACUGUAAUGUCUCGGCCAAUAUUACUUUAUUUAAAUCUAAAAGAAACAAAACACAAUUGAUCCUUCCACGUUUACGAUUUGUUUAGAAGACAAUGAUGAUGCACAUGUGAAUAUAUAAAAUGGUAUAAUUUUGUAUUAAUUUUCGUGUGAUGCAAUAUUUUUCAUAAUCAUCUUGACCACAACACAGACACAUAACAGUUAGAUAUGUCAUUAGUUCUGUUGUAGACAUUCCCUAGCUAUUAACCGUAAUAAUGUAAGGGACAUUGAAGGUCACCUAGGUGGUAAAAGCCUUGGUUUCAGGUGUUAGGGUAACAUGGCUGCCAACGUGAGAACCCCUGCCCUUAAGAUACCUUUGUGGAGUGUCUGGGUGCCCUCAUCAUUCAUGGCUCUGUUGUUUACCCAGAUAGUCAUGCAGACAGGCUUAUUGUAUGUCCCUAUCAAUUAAAACAAAGAGGCCAGCCAUCCAUCAUCCCUAUAAUGUGCUGUACUCUGCAAUGCAGUGUGUGUGUCUGUGUGCGAACGUGUGUGUGUUUGUGGCUAAGCAGCGUGUUGUGACAUGCAAGCAGCCCCAAAUGGCUUUAGAAGCAAAUGACAGUGAGCGCAUGGUGCACAGUGUACAGCCCCAGCCCCUCCCCUGUAAAUCUCUCAUGAACACUUGGCAAUUAGGCAGGGUCUCUUUGGGGGGGUCAACUUGCUUUGGUGUAGGACAGGGGUUGGCAACAGAGUGAUUAAAGUUUUUAGUAAAAGACUGUAAAAUCACCGGGAAUUCAGCUAAAGAGAGAUGUGAUCGUGUCUCAGUGUAAUCAAGGUAUGAAAUUAUUUGAGAGAGAGAGAUACAUGAGUCCUCCUCCUUCUUUAGCCUCAAAAUAAUAAGCCUAUAAUAACCCUAUAUCGGAACAGAUUUUUUUCCAUUUAGUGGGAAUGGGAAUAUUUUUGGGGUAAUUGAGUUAAGGCUGAAAGAAGAUAUAGGCUAGGAAGAUAUAUAGCUAGGAAUCACCAUCCCCACUGAAAUGCACUAUUUAAAGCCCCUGCUCUCUCUCACUGUCUCAUUUGCCAGUACUAUCUGGAGAUUUGCAUUGCAUUAUUCUGAGCAAGUCAGGAGAGCUUUAUUCUCCAUUCAGUGCAGAAGUUCAAAAAGUAUUUUAAGGGCACAUCCCUCAGGACACAGACGUCAAUUCAACGUCUAUUCCACGUUGGUUCAACGUCAUUUCAGACGUGAAAAAAACAUUGAUUCAACCAGUGUGUGCCCAGUGGGAUGGAACUUCUACAGGUACAGGGAUUUGACAGUAGAGUUUUCUUUGUACAGUACUAGUAGUCUUGGACAGGUAUUACUAUCUCACCUACACUACCAGUCAAAAGUUUGGACACACCUACUCAUUCAAGGUUUUCUUUAUUUUAACUAUUUUUCUACAUUGUAGAAUAAUAGUGACGACAUCAAAACUAUGACAUAACACAUAUGGAAUCAUGUAGUAAACAAGAAAAGGGGUUAAACAAAUCAAAAUACAUUUUAUAUUUGAGAAUCUUCAAAUAGCCACCCUUUGCCUUGAUGAUGGCUUUGCACACUCUUGGCAUUCUCUCAACCAGCUUCACCUGGAAUGCUUUUCCAACAGUCUUGAAGGAGUUCCCACAUAUGCUGAGCACUUGUUGGCAGCUUUUCCUUCACUCUGCGGUCCGACUCAUCCCAAACCAUCUCAAUUGGGUUGAGGUCAGGGGAUUGUGGAGGCCAGGCCAUCUGAUGCAGCACUCCAUCACUCCUUCUUGGUAAUAUAGCCCUUACACAGCCUGGAGGUGUGUUGGGUCAUUGUCCUGUUAAAAAACAAAUGAUAGUCCCACUAAGCCCAAACCAGAUGGGAUGGCGUAUUGCUGCAGAAUACAGUGGCAGACAUGCUGGUUAAGUGUGCCUUGAAUUCUAAAUAAAUCAUAGACGGUGUCACCAGCAAAGCAUCCCCACACCAUAACACCUCCUCCUCCAUGCUUUACGGUGGGAACCACACAUGCGGAGAUCAUCUGUUCACCCACACCACGUCUCACAAAGACACGGCGGUUGAAACCCAAAAUCUCCAAUUUGGACUCCAGACCAAAGGACACAUUUCCACCGGUCUAAUGUCCAUUGCUCGUGUUUCUUGGCCCAAGCAGGUCUCUUCUUCUUAUUGGUGUCCUUUAGUAGUGGUUUCUUUGCAGCAAUUCGACCAUGAAGGCCUGAUUCACACAGUCCCCUCUGAACAGUUGAUGUUGAGAUGUGUCUGUGACUUGAACUCUGUGAAGCAUUUAUUUGGGCUGCAAUUUCUGAGGCUGGUAACUCUAAUGAACUUAUCCUCUGCAGCAGAGGUAACUCUGGCUCUUCCAUUCCUGUGGCAAUCCAAAUGAGAGCCAGUUUCAAAUCAAAUCAAAUCAAAUUGUAUUGGUCACAUGCGCCGAAUACAACAGGUGCAGACAUCACAGUGAAAUGCUUACUUACAGCCCUUAACCAACAGUGCAUUUAUUUUUAACAAAAAAGUAAAAAUAAAACAACAACAAAAAAAGUGUUGAGAAAAAAAAGAGCAGAAGUAAAAUAAAAUAACAGUAGGGAGGCUAUAUAUACAGGGGGGUACCGUUGCAGAGUCAAUGUGCGGGGGCACCGGCUAGUUGAGGUAAUAUGUACAUGUGGGUAGAGUUAAAGUGACUAUGCAUAAAUAAUUAACAGAGUAGCAGCAGCGUAAAAAGGAUGGGGUGGGGGGGCAGUGCAAAUAGUCCGGGUAGCCAUGAUUAGCUGUUCAGGAGUCUUAUGGCUUGGGGGUAGAAGCUGUUGAGAAGUCUUUUGGACCUAGACUUGGCACUCCGGUACCGCUUGCCGUGCGGUAGCAGAGAGAACAGUCUAUGACUAGGGUGGCUGGAGUCUUUUACAAUUUUGAGGGCCUUCCUCUGACACCGCCUGGUAUAGAGGUCCUGGAUGGCAGGAAGCUUGGCCCCAGUGAUGUACUGGGCCGUACACACUACCCUCUGUAGUGCGUUGCGGUCGGAGGCCAAGCAGUUGCCAUACCAGGCGGUGAUGCAACCAGUCAGGAUGCUCUCGAUGGUGCAGCUGUAGAAUUUUUUGAGGAUCUGAGGACCCAUGCCAAAUCUUUUCAGUCUCCUGAGGGGGAAUAGGCUUUGUCGUGCCCUCUUCACGACUGUCUUGGUGUGUUUGGACCAUGAUAGUUCGUUGGUGAUGUGGACACCAAGGAACUUGAAGCUCUCAACCUGUUCCACUACAGCCCCGUCGAUGAGAAUGGGGGCGUGCUCAGUCCUCUUUUUUUUCCUGUAGUCCACAAUCAUCUCCUUUGUCUUGGUCACGUUGAGGGAGAGGUUGUUGUCCUGGCACCACACGGCCAGGUCUCUGACCUCCUCCCUAUAGGCUGUCUCAUCGUUGUCGGUGAUCAGGCCUACCACUGUUGUGUCGUCGGCAAACUUAAUGAUGGUGUUGGAGUCGUGCCUGGCCAUGCAGUCAUGGGUGAACAGAGAGUACAGGAGGGGACUGAGCACGCACCCCUGAGGGGCCCCCGUGUUGAGGAUCAGUGUGGCAGAUGUGUUGUUACCUACCCUUACCACCUGGGGGCGGCCCGUCAGGAAGUCCAGGAUCCAGUUGCAGAGGGAGGUGUCUAGUCCCAGGAUCCUUAGCUUAGUGAUGAGCUUAGAGGGCACUAUGGUGUUGAAUGCUGAGCUGUAGUCAAUGAAUAGCAUUCUCACGUAGGUGUUCCUCUUGUCCAGGUGGGAAAGGGCAGUGUGGAGUGCAAUAGAGAUUGCAUCAUCUGUGGAUCUGUUGGGGCGGUAUGCAAAUUGGAGUGGGUCUAGGGUUUCUGGGAUAAUGCUGUUGAUGUGAGCCAUGACCAGCCUUUCAAAGCACUUCAUGGCUACAGACGUCAGUGCUACGGGUCGGUAGUCAUUUAGGCAGGUUAUCUUAGAGUCCUUGGGCACGGGGACUAUGGUGGUCUGCUUGAAACAUGUUGGUAUUACAGACUCAGUCAGGGACAUGUUGAAAAUGUCAGUGAAGACACUUGCCAGUUGGUCAGCACAUGCUCGGAGUACACGUCCUGGUAAUCCGUCUGGCCCUGCGGCCUUGUGAAUGUUGACCUGCUUAAAAGUCUUACUCACAUCGGCUACGGAGAGCGUGAUCACAUAGUCAUCCGGAACAGCUGGUGCUCUCAUGCAUGCUUCAGUGUUGCUUGCCUCGAAGCGAGCAUAGAAGUGGUUUAGCUCGUCUGGUAGGCUUGUGUCACUGGGCAGCUCACGGCUGUGCUUCCCUUUGUAGUCUGUAAUAGUUUUCAAGCCCUGCCACAUCCGACGAGCGUCAGAGCCAGUGUAGUACGAUUCAAUCUUAGUCCUGUAUUGACUCUUUGCCUGUUUGAUGGUUCGUUGGAGGGCAUAGCGGGAUUUCUUAUAAGCGUCCGGGUUAGAGUCCCGUUCCUUGAAAGCGGCAGCUCUACCCUUUAGCUCAGUGCGGAUGUUUCCUGUAAUCCAUGGCUUCUGGUUGGGGUAUGUACGUACGGUCACUGUGGGGACGACAUCAUCGAUGCACUUAUUGAUGAAGCCAGUGACUGAUGUGGUGUACUCCUCAAUGCUGUCUGAAGAAUCCCGGAACAUGUUCCAGUCUGUGCUAGCAAAACAGUCCUGUAGCUUAGCAUCUGCGUCAUCUGACCACUUUUUUAUUAACCGAGUCACUGGUGCUUCCUGCUUUAGUUUUUGCUUAUAAGCAGGAAUCAGGAGGAUAGAGUUAUGGUCAGAUUUGCCAAAUGGAGGGCGAGGGAGAGCUUUGUAUGCGUCUCUGUGUGUGGAGUAAAGGUGGUCUAGAGUUUUUUUUUCCUCUGGUUGCACAUUUAACAUGCUGGUAGAAAUUAGGUAGAACGGAUUUAAGUUUCCCUGCAUUAAAGUCCCCGGCCACUAGGAGCGCUGCAUCUGGAUGAGCGUUUUCCUGUUGAUUUAUGGCCUUGUACAACUCAUUCAGUGCAAUCUUAAUGCCAGCAUUGGUUUGUGGUGGUAAAUAGACAGCUAUGAAAAAUAUAGAUGAAAACUAUCUUGGUAAAUAGUGUGGUCUACAGCUUAUCAUAAGAUACUCUACCUCAGGCGAGCAAAACCUAGAGACUUCCUUAGUAUUUGAUUUUGUGCACCAGCUGUUGUUUACAAAUAUACACAGACCGCCACCCCUUGUCUUACCGGAGUCAGCCGUUCUAUCCUGCCAAUGUAGCGUAUAGCCCGCUAGCUGUAUGUUAUCAAUGUCGUCGUUCAGCCACGACUCGGUGAAACAUAAGAUAUUACAGUUUUUAAUGUCCCGUUGGUAGGAUAACCGUAAUCUUAAAUCAUCCAAUUUAUUUUCAAAUGAUUGAACGUUGGCUAAUAGGAUUGAUGGAAGAGGCAGUUUACUCGCUCGCCGUCGGAUCCUUACAAGGCACCCCGAUCUACGUCCACGAUAUCUCCGUCUCUUCCUCAGGCGAAUGACGGGGAUUUGGGCCUUGUCGGGUGUCUGUAUGAUAUCCUUCGCGGCCGCCUCGUUGAAGAAAAAAUCUUCGUCCAUUACGAGGUGAGUAAUCGCUGUCCUGAUAUCCAGAAGCUCUUUUUGGUUAUAAGAGACGAUGGCAGAAACAUUAUGUACAAAAUAAAUUACAAAUAACGCGGAAAAACACACAUAAUAGUACAAUUGGUUAGAGGGCUGUAAAACGGCAGCCAUCUUCUCCGGCGCUGUUAGUUUCAUCAUAGCGCUUAAUGAUUUUUUGACUGACCUUCAUGUCUUAAAGUAAUGAUGGACUGUCGUUUCUCUUUGCUUAUUUGAGCUGUUCUUGCCAUAAUAUGGACUUCGUCUUUUACCAAAUAGGGCUAUCUUCUGUAUAUAUAUAUAUAUAUAUAUAUAUAUAUAUAUAUAUAAUUUUUUUUUUUUAACCAGGGAAGCCAGUUGAGAACAAGUUCUCAUUUACAACUGCGACCUGGCCAAGAUAAAGCAAAGCAGUGUGAUAAAAACAACAACACAGAGUUACAUAUGGGGUAAACUAAACAUAAAGUCAAAAAUACAACAGAAAAUAUAUAUACAGUGUGUGCGAAUGUAGUAAAUUGUGGAGGUAGGGCAAAAAAUAGGCCAUAAUGCAAAAUAGUUACAAUUUCGUAUUAACACUGGAAUGAUAGAUGUGCAAAAGAUGAUGUGCAAAUAGAGAUACUGGGGUGCAAAUUAGCAAAAUAAAUAACAACAUGGGGAUGAGGUAGUUGGAUGGGCUAAUUUCAGAAUGGCUGUGUGCAGGUGCAGUUAUCGGUAAGCUGCUCUGACAACUGACGCUUAAAGUUAGUGAGGGAGAUAAGAGUCUCCAGCUUCAGAGAUUUUUGCAGUUCAUUCCAGUCAUUGGCAGCAGAGAACUGGAAGGAAUGGCGGUGAGGGAUGACCAGUGAGAUAUACCUGCUGGAGCGCAGACAACGGGUGGAAAUUUCUAUGGUAUACUCCCCCCCCCCCCCCCCCCCCCUUACCUUGUCACAACACAACUGAUUGGUUCAAACGCAUUAAGAAGGAAAUAAAUUCCACAAAUUAACUUUUAAGAAGGCACACCUGUUAAUUGAAAUGUAUUCCAGGUGACUACCUCAUGAAGCUGGUUGAGAGAAUGCCAAGAGUGUGCAAAGCUGUCAUCAAGGCAAAGGGUGGCUAUUUGAGAGGCCAGUGAAUUUCUGAAGGGGUUUGACCCCCUGUUAAACCUGGUAUUGGAUAGCACCAUCGAGUACUUGCGGGAUCCUGACGGCCAGUUCAAGCUGACCGAGGACACGCGGCAGCUGGGCCUGGUGGUUUGUAGAGGGACGUCCGUGGUACUCAUCUGUCCUCAGGACGGCAUGGAAGCCAUCCCCAACCCCUUCAUCCAGCAGCAGGACGGAUAG